UAACAACCGAAUCCAAGACUCUUCUUGAAUUCCGUUUCGCAAAACAUGUCAUCAGAAAAGACUAAUCAAUACAGCAAAUCCAUACAAUCGCUCUGACGACUCUUUAAAGACCAAUUGGCUGAAUUUAUUGCAGAUGGAAGUUUCAAAAAUACAUAUUUUCUUGAUAUCGGUGCAUUGAAGCGGCAAAUUGAAGCUGUUCUUGAGAGGCUCUUAAGAAGACCACAAUGGUGGACCGCAUUUCUGAUUGACGGUCUAUACGUAACACAACAGUCAGACAAGUGCCUGUUACAGAAGUGUCGCAAAUUAGAGAGAAGUGUCGGUUACUGUCGUUUUAAGGCUUUUACCAAAUUUAAUAGUCCUCCUGCAUUAACACCGAUCGAUCGGUUAUUAAUUAUAUAUCGAAUACUCGCAUACGAGUCCGGAUUCAAGAAUAUUUCCUGCUUUAAUAACAGGAAUUUAUUCCGUAUAGGAUUGCCGCCAAGCAAAGAAAUGUCGUUAAAUAGUCAGAUGUCCCCAAAUCCAAAACGCCGGAAAAACAAGGUCAAACUGAAGCUAUCAUGGGACGCACCCACGAAGGAGGAGCUUAUUGCAGAACAGAUUGAUGACUUCGUAAGUGACGUCAUCAAAAGUGCAAAAUUGGAAUACCUUGCACAAGAGCGAAAAAACAGUUUAAAUGAACAUGGGAUGUAUUUCCACGAUGAUCUAAACGAAGAAAUGAUAGAACUAAACACAAGUGAAAUAAUAGGAUCCCAGGAGAGCAUACACGGUAAUAACACUGAUAAUCAGACUUUUGAAAUGCACUCCAGGAAAGACCGAGGGCGAUCUGAUCACAAUCCAUCCAGAAACUGUACACACCGACCAUCAGAAUUAAAUGAGGGAAACCCCCUGCUUGCAGACAGUGCCAAUUUGCCAAAGAGGAGGUACCUCCGACUAUUUCAAAGACACGUACUAAGAAUGUGCUGUCAUUGCUCGUGUGUAUUUAAUGGAAAUGACGUCACUUAGAAACAGAAGUGAAGGCGCCAUCUUGAAUAUUUUUCACAUCUUUAAAGAUUUAAGCAUUCUUUAUAUUUUAUUACAGCCUAUUUCUUAUGUUGAAAACAAUCUUUUGUUGUAAAAAUGUUUUGAAAAUAAAAUCUUUACUUUGUUGUUAAAAAA